CUAUUUCUAUUUUUCUCCUCUUUCUAAUUGCUUGGUCUGCAUUUUAGCCAUUUUUUCAAUUUCCCUCUUUAAUUUAUACGCAUUUCCAGCCAUUGAACAUACCCAAAUUUAUUGCCAUGUCGGGCACAGCGGCCAACACAGACACCGGUGAAAACAGGGACGACAUGACAAACAGCAAUGCGAACUUAAGUCCAGGCGGGCCGUCGCCGCAUUCCUUGGGCGUAGAGAACUUGACAUCGCCACUGGCGCUAUCCACAAUUACCAGCGGGGCAAACAACGAUAACUCGUUCAGGGAGGCCAUAGAUGUCGCCGUGGUGUCGCUGGCCAGGUACACCUUCGCUGACCCGGGGGUUGCUGAGGCUGGGCCGGCGCCCUUGGAUCCGCCGAUUGAGCGGCCGCGGCUCUUGGGAGUAGACCAGCCGCCUCUGGCUGCGGUUUCGGUGCAGCGGGCAGCCGGCAACAUGGGCAUUGCCCGCAGCGACGGAGACAGAGACAGAGACGGCAACGGCGACGACGGGCUCAUUGCCGAAUUCACAGAGGAUCGGUGCCAUCGGCAGCUGGCGAUGAUAGCAAAGCGGUUGCUUCUGCCCGAUUCGUAUAUCGAGGCGUGCUAUGACUUGCACCAGUUUUUGGACACAAACACAGCGAUGCUCGACGUCGAGGCAGUGCAGCGCAACGUAUUCAAGUGCUUGAAGAUAUGCGCGCGCCUGUCGAAGCUCCAUGGGUACAACAUCCAGCUGAUGUGGCAAAUCAUCCAGCAGGCGCACCGAAUGAUAGCAAGGUUUACGCCAGAGCGCGCGCACACAAUUAAUUUGUGGCAUAUCAAGAUGACCAACCGCAUUCGCAUGAUGGCUGUGGCGCCGGCUUCCGAUGGCUCGGCGCCGCCGCGGCUGCCCUCAGUGCCCCCGCGUGAGCUGCUGCAGGCACAGGCGCGCGAAAAGCUUUUGCCGCUGCCAGAAAUGAGCGUGUCAGCGCUCAAUGACUCGCGCUUUAACCGUGCUGCGGGCACCUCUAGUGCCUCGUACUAUCUGGCCAACUCGCUAGCCAGCCAGCGCCAGAGCCUUGGCCAAAGUCAAACGCAGAGCCAGAUUCUGCCACCUAUAAUGGUAGUCGGCCGGAGCUCGGUAGUGGACACUGGGGUCAGCCAGGGUGCUGGUUUCAAUGGAAUGAUGACAGCGGCAGAUUAUAGCGGAUCUGCAUCUUCUCCUGGUUCCGGUUCCGGUUCUGGUGCUUUUAAUGCCUCGGCCCUAUUGCCGCCGUUGGCACCUUUGGCGCCAGCAGCAGAGCCCAAUGGAGCCGGUUCUGAAUUCGGGUUUAACCCUGGACCUGUUUCCAACCACUACAACAGAAACAAUGUAAGCGAGGGCGCCCCCACCGCUUCGAGCUCAACAACAACAACAACAUCAUCAGCCUCUGCCUCUACGUCUUCCUCAAUGCGAGAGGCCGAGCUGGCAAUCAUUGAGCAGCAGCUGCGCGAGCUUGAAAACAUGCCGCCAGAGAGCAUGGGUCCGAUGCUGCGGGCAGCACUCAAUUUGCUGGUCGAAAUGCGCUUUCGCCUGCAGCUCGGCCUUCCGAGAAUUGCCAUUGCCGAUGGUGCGCAGAAUGAAAGAGGCGCCCCUGCCAUUGGCGCGCCAACAUCUCGUCAUCAUCAGAGUAUGCAGGCUGGUGGUGUGGACAGUGACAUGGUUGGAUUAAGCAACCCGGUUAGAGAGAGUCGCGCAGUGACGUUGAACGGCCACCGCCGCUACAGCAGCAGCAGAAUCAAUGCCAAUGACGAGGUGUUUGGCGCAAACGCAGAGGACGAGAGCAGAGUUAUUGAGUACGUGCUGAAUCAGAUUUCUACCUCUCGCAGACAACAACAGCAGCAGCAGCAGCAAAGUGCCAGUUCUAGCAACGAAUUUGGCGCGCCGUUGUACAUGAUGCCGCACCACACCGGAAUGUACUACCCACGCAAUAACGGGUUUGCUGGCGCUAACUCGUAUUUGAACUUGUUUCCAGAGUCACAGACACAGACGCCGGACAACAGGCCGCGCGGCGCUCGCCGGAGGCGGGGUUUCGAUGACCAGGAGGCACAGAAUUCGCAAGAUGACGGGAGCGAAGACGACGACAUUUCUGGCGAGAGUGAAGAGGCUAUGGACGAUAGUAGUAGCGAUGGUGACAGUGGAAGCGGUAACAUGAGCGAUGAUAUUCACAGUUUGAGCGAUAUCAAUGCCGACAGUUCCGGAAGCUCUGAUGAGUCUGGCAGCGACCACUUUGAGCAAGACAUGCAGGGGCGAGGGGGACGUUCAAGCCAGCACUACCAGCGCGAUGAUGAACACGUGCACCGCCGCGUGCGCCGUCAUUAAAUGACAAGUGUUCAUACCGAUAACAGGUAUUUCUGCCGUUUGUUAUGUAUAAUUAUGCCAUAAAUAAAU